AUGCAUCACUGCAUACGUACUCACAGCAGGCCAACUGAUGAGUUGGAGGCCGCUGGCCUUAGCUCCUUAGAAAACGCGUUGUUUCAUCCGCGUAUGAGGUCAUGGUGGAGGGCCAAGGCGUUUGUGCUCAUUAAGACACUGCUUAUCCGUCCCGUCAAACAUGACUAUAUGGCUUCACCUGGUUUGAGGUACAGCAAACUCUUUGAUAAUUGUUCUGAUCAUCCAAAUGCUUCAAUCGAAGACCCGCUACCCCUGUCAUGGCCCGGACAUGGGACAUAUGGAGCAUCAGAGAGAAAACGACAUGGAGGAACUCCGGAUGAGGAAUGGACGGCACUCUAUUACCGGUUCCUCCGCAGCUGGCCCGUCUACUCUCACCUAGAACUUCACUCCGUAGCGGUAGGAACAAUCUCUUGCUCGAGGCAGGCCGCAGAGCCAUCUGCAUCCUCAUUUCCCCGGAAUGAACGAAACAGGGCCACCGGAACAGCCACCGACGUAGACCCUGAGUCCCCGCCCAGGGACCAGACCACGACCGUCCAGCGCGCAGAAUCCGCUCCGGGGUCCGGGCCUGCAGAAGACUCCAGAGGCAUCGGCCACAGCGGACUCAGCACCGGAGGCGGGGUGAAUUACGCUCUGAGCUUGAGUCUUGCCGACCUCGAAUUAGUCACUUGCGGCAUCCCACAUUGGUUUGGAUUUGUUUCUUUCCUUUGCAAGCCACGACUCGGCCGGAUCCUCAACGACUCGCGCGACGACCCCCAACCUGUCACACCUGCAACCUUCAACUCAAGUCUCGACCUCAUCACGGACUUCUUCCGGAGAUAUUCUCCCAUUAGGUCGGAAAAACUCUCUGCACAUCAUACUCCCCCGGGAUCAUCCCAUUGA